CCGGCGCGUCAGACCCGUCGCUCGCUCGCUUUUCCACGCACGUGACUUUCCCCUGCCGCGUGAUUAACGCAGUAUUGUUUUCUUUGAAAUUAUCGGCUCCGUUAUUCGACUGACGGAUUGAAAAAUUCGACCGGUGAAGAAGUUCGGAAGCCUAGUGUCUUGUUUCUAGUGCGUUGAGUUUUUUGGACUCUUUCUUGUGUAUAGAUAUCAUCAAAUUGGUCGUUUCAUAAUUGGUCUCAAUAUGAAAACGGAGGAUCGAGGGGGUGCGAAUGCACCCCGAGUUAGGAUCGCCGUUCUCGGCAAAAUAAACGUUGGCAAAUCUGCAUUAACAGUGCGAUACUUGACCCGAAGAUUCAUCGGCGAAUAUAGAUCAAAUACAGAUCUACUGUAUAGACAAACUGUGACCAUCAGUAACACACCCGUUGAGGUAGAAAUCAUAGAUGUUUCAGGAGAAACGAGAGAUGUUUUUCCGAUAGAACCAAUUCAAUGGGCAGAUGGAUGCAUCGUAGUAUAUUCAAUCACAGACAAAGAAUCUUUCCAUUACGCAAUAGACGCCUUACAGAAACUUCGUCCUGUUAGUAGUGCACCCGUUAUUCUCCUCGCCAAUAAAGCAGACUUGGAUCACCUAAGACAGGUUGAUGAGACUGAAGGCCGUAACAUCGCAAACCAGAACGGAUGCCCGUUCUUCGAGGUUUCGGUCGCCGAGAACAGCAACGACAUCUACCAAGCGUUCGAGGUACUACUGAACGAGUCCAGGUGCAUACACCCGAACAACGCCAAUAAAAUUAGGAAAUUCUCAGUGACGAAGAUGAUCGGCACUCUGAUAGGGACGAAUAACAAAUGCCAGCAACAGACCCAGGGCGGCACCGUCGUCGUCUGCCAGAAGUCGGAUCUCCAUAGGAAUAGAGUGCUCAAGAGGCGCCAGAACUUCACGGCCACCGCGUCCUUAUGACUCCUGCAGUGCUCCGCCGGUGUUAACAAAGGAGACUCACCGGAAGUUCGAUGAGCCAUUCUUCGCGGACCAUAAGACUCACUGGAAGCUCGAUGAGCCAUUCUUCGCGGACCACGGAGACUCACCGGAAGCUCGAUGAGCCAUUCUUCGCGGACCAUAAGACUCACCGUAAUUCCGAUGAGCCAUCCUUCGCGGACCAUAAGACUCACCGGAAGCUCGAUGAGCCAUUCUUCGCGGACCACGGAGACUCACCUGAAGUUCGAUGAGCCAUCCUCCGCGGACCACUCUCCUGGUGUCCUGAUUGGGCCACCCGCCGCGCUGUGAAGAGCCAUGGCCUUUGUGACCGGCCAGGUCAAAAGGCAAACUUCGGUCAGGCGGAGCCCUCUUGCAGCUCUCCAACGUUGGACGAGAGCAUAUGUCAGGUCUUACACCAUGAAGUAGCUCUGUAUCUUAUCGAAAAUCUAAGGGGAAAUUUGUCGUUUCCCAGUCGAUACUUAUAAAAAAUUGAAUUAUUUGAGCCAAUUCUGCAAACUUGGAAUCGAGUUUCGUGCUUUCGUCCAGGAAACGACAAAGUGGACCUCCUUCAGCGUAAUGCGCGAUCACUGUGAUCAGUUUAAGGAUUACCGAUUGAUAGAGGCGCAACGCCGGUUGAACACGGGGGUAGAAAUUUUUUGAGGGUGAUGAAACCAUUCAAGAUCUCAGAAAAUAUUAAAAGAUGCCCUGGUUAUGAAAGUUCCCAACAUUAGUCCAAAGAAUGGUUUAAUUUAACAUACACGGGAAAAGGCAGUUGAUGUGUCUUCACCCUCCCCUUCCCCCGCCUUGGCGCCUCUGCCGAUCAAAGAUUCAAGUGUGUGAAUAAAUACCAAAA